GAGCCUCGCGAGCUUUGUAAUCUCCGUCCCCCCCACAGCGCCUGUGCCUUUUCAAGGACGAUUCUUCUUUAGCGCUCCGCCCCCUCUCCCCCACCCUCAGGGCUUCUCCAAUCGGCGUAGAAAUGGUUCAAACCGUCUACCUCCUCUCUCCCCCGACGCCUCUCCGUCCGGUCUCCAAGCUCCCUGCAUCCUCCCCUUCGCUUUCUAUCGCUCGCAUCCCGCCCCGCAGCCUCCUCCCCCAUUCCUCACCCCGCCUUCGCCACCGUCUCCGCUUCCACGCUUGCGGCGCCUCCGCCGCCCCUCCUCCGUCGCCGGAUCUCGGCCUCCUUGUCUCCGAUAACGGCUCCGGCAACGUCGCUGCGGCGGCGGCGGCGGCCAUCGAUGUCGACGCUGUGACUGAGGCGGAGUUGAAGGAGAAUGGUUUCCGGAGCACCAGGCGGACGAAGCUGGUCUGCACGAUUGGGCCGGCCACGUGCGGGGCCGAGCAGCUGGAGGCGCUCGCCGUUGCUGGGAUGAACGUCGCGAGGAUGAACAUGUGCCAUGGUACGCACGAGUGGCAUCGACAGGUUAUCCGCCAGGUCAGGCGGCUUAACGAGGAGAAGGGGUUUGCGGUCGCGGUGAUGAUGGAUACCGAGGGUAGUGAGAUCCACAUGGGUGACCUUGGUGGCGCUGCCUCAGCCAAGGCCGAGGAUGGUGAAAUUUGGACAUUUAGUGUAAGAUCUUUUAACUCACCUCUUCCAGAACGUACCAUCCAUGUGAAUUAUGAUGGCUUUGCUGAAGAUGUCAAAGUAGGUGAUGAACUUCUUGUGGAUGGAGGAAUGGUCAGGUUUGAGGUAAUUGAGAAGAUUGGCCCAGAUGUAAAGUGUCGCUGCACUGAUCCUGGGCUGCUGUUGCCACGUGCUAAUCUCACUUUUUGGCGUGAUGGUAGCCUAGUGCGUGAGCGUAAUGCUAUGCUUCCUACAAUUUCUUCAAAGGAUUGGCUUGACAUAGACUUUGGUAUUGCUGAGGGUGUAGAUUUUAUUGCUGUGUCAUUUGUUAAAUCUGCUGAAGUCAUUAAUCAUCUCAAAAGCUACAUAGCUGCACGAUGUAGUGACAGAGAAAUUGCAGUCGUUGCAAAGAUUGAGAGUAUAGAUUCAUUGAAAAAUCUGGAAGAGAUUAUUCGUGCAUCAGAUGGAGCAAUGGUUGCCAGGGGAGACUUGGGUGCACAAAUUCCACUUGAGCAAGUGCCGUCAGCUCAACAAAAGAUUGUUAAACUUUGCAGACAGCUAAACAAGCCAGUAAUUGUGGCUUCUCAGCUUCUUGACUCUAUGAUUGAGUACCCUACACCGACUAGAGCUGAAGUUGCUGAUGUUUCUGAAGCAGUUAGGCAACGGGCAGAUGCUUUAAUGCUCUCCGGUGAGUCAGCUAUGGGCCAAUACCCAGAAAAGGCUCUGAUUGUGCUUAGAAGUGUAAGUCUACGGAUUGAAAGGUGGUGGAGAGAGGAGAAACGCCAUGAAGGAAUGGAACUUCCAGAUAUCACAUCGUCUUUUUCUGAAAAAAUCUCAGAGGAAAUUUGUAAUUCUGCUGCCAAAAUGGCUAACAUCUUGGGAGUAGAUGCAGUCUUUGUCUACACAAAGACAGGUCACAUGGCUUCUCUCCUUUCACGGUGCCGCCCUGAUUGUCCGAUCUUUGCAUUUACAUCCUCGACAUCUGUGAGGAGACGCUUGAACCUUCAAUGGGGUCUUAUACCCUUCCGUCUGAGUUUCUCUGAUGACAUGGAGAGCAACCUCAACCGGACUUUUUCUCUGCUCAAGGCAAGAGGAAUGAUCCAGUCUGGUGACCUGGUCAUUGCCCUGUCUGACAUGUUGCAGUCAAUUCAGGUGAUGCAUGUCCCAUGAGGUAGAUUUUUUUACUGCAGGAUUGAUCUUAUGAAAUCUAAUAAGCCAUUGUAUGAUUGGAAGAGUUAGCAGUAUGCUUUAGUGAACAUUAUUUGUUUGUUUUAUCAUUUAUGCUGUCACAAUUGAAUUAUCCACAACAAAGCAUCUCCUCGCUAGGUGUUACUAUUUGUUGCUUCUUUCUUAUUAAUAUACCUGAAACCUAUUUCAAGUGUUGUUUA